GGGAGGAGAUUUCCCUGUAGACGAGUAAAAAGCGUGAUGGACAAACGUGCGGGCACUAAGACCGCAAGGCAUUCAUUUCCUCCUACUGUGGAUGCGGACGCCGGGAGGAGGAGAACCCCAGAGCGAGGACCGGGGAGCCGUGGCACAGAGAACACGUAGGGACUCCGAAGAUCAGCCCCAAUGAACAUGUCAGUGUUGACUUUACAAGAAUAUGAAUUCGAAAAGCAGUUCAACGAGAAUGAAGCGAUCCAAUGGAUGCAGGAAAACUGGAAGAAAUCUUUCCUGUUUUCUGCUCUGUAUGCUGCCUUUAUCUUUGGUGGUCGGCACCUAAUGAACAAACGGGCGAAGUUUGAACUGAGGAAGCCAUUAGUGCUCUGGUCUCUGACUCUUGCAGUCUUCAGUAUAUUCGGUGCUCUUCGAACUGGUGCUUACAUGGUGUACAUUUUGAUGACCAAAGGCCUGAAGCAGUCAGUUUGUGACCAGAGCUUUUACAAUGGACCCGUCAGCAAAUUCUGGGCUUAUGCAUUUGUGCUAAGCAAAGCACCCGAACUAGGAGACACAAUAUUCAUCAUUCUGAGGAAGCAGAAGCUGAUCUUCCUGCACUGGUACCACCACAUCACUGUGCUCCUGUACUCUUGGUACUCCUACAAAGACAUGAUUGCCGGGGGUGGUUGGUUCAUGACUAUGAACUAUGGCGUGCACGCCGUGAUGUACUCUUACUAUGCCUUGCGGGCCGCGGGUUUCCGAGUCUCCCGGAAGUUUGCCAUGUUCAUCACCUUGUCCCAGAUCACUCAGAUGCUGAUGGGCUGUGUCAUUAACUACCUGGUCUUCUACUGGAUGCAGCAAGACCAGUGUCACUCUCACUUUCAGAACAUCUUCUGGUCCUCACUCAUGUACCUCAGCUACCUUGUGCUCUUCUGCCAUUUCUUCUUUGAGGCCUACAUUGGCAAAAUGAAGAAAACAACGAAGGCUGAAUAGUGUUGGAACUGAGGAGAAAGCCAUAGCUCAGGGUCAUCAAGAAAAAUAAUAAGACAAAAGAAAAUGGCACAAGGAAUCACAUGGUGCAGCUAAAACAAAACAGACGAGCAGACACAAAACCCGAGGCAGCUUAGGGAUAAUUAGGUUGACUUAACCCAGUAAGUUUAUGAUCCUUUUUUGGGUGAGGACUCACUGAGUGCACCUCCAUCUCAAAGCACUGCUGCUGGAAGACCCCAAUCCCUCUUAUCUGUCUACUCUAGGACAAAUGAGAACAACAGUGAGCCAGAGGCAGAGAGAGACUAACAGAAAGCAAGCAAAGGCUAUUAACACUAUAUGAAAAAAAAAGUAUUUACUAAGUGUUAUCUUUCUCUAAGGAUGAGAGAAUUUUACUUUAAAAACUGUGCGAGCACACACACACACACACACACACCACACAAUCCUUUCUGAUCUUUUUUGACAUGAAACUGGAGCCAGUAGAAAAGAUGAAAAUGGAAGAGAGACAGGGUUUAUAUCUAGGACAAUAAUGCUUUUGCAGAAACUCAAGCCUUUUUAAGAAAGGUUAGCUUGUUGUAGCCCCCAUGAAAAAAAGAUGUCUUAAUCAUUUUUUAGUUCAACUCAAGACAUAGAUGGAUAUUUUUCCUUUCACUUCCCAGCCGCAGGCUAGUGAGUUUGCCAAAAACAAAACAGGGCACAGUACUUUUCCAAGGUUCUUUCUGGGAGAAUGGAAGUAAUGCAACCCAGGUCCCAAAGGGGCAGCUCUCUGUACCAGAAUAUUUCUAAUGUAAUAUUUCUACUCUUAGAUGAGAUAUGAAACAUUUGUUUAGUUGUCCCAGGCAUUUGAACAGAACAGUAAAUGCAGACUCAAAAAAACAAACAAACAAAUAAAAAAAAAAAAAAAACUCAACCAGAUGGCUUGAAAGUGCAUCCUGCACUGUAUGUGGAAGGGCUGAGCCCAGCAUCAGUGGAGCUGGGGAAGGGGAAAAGGCAUGAGCUAAAGAGCCCUCAGUAGCCAGACAUUAGGAUGCUCCUCCCUGUUGGCCUUCACACAUAGUCCUCACUUUCCAAAUGAAUCCCUGGGCGAUGGUCCAUGUUUUCUACAUUUUUGUGAAUUUACAAAGAAAUCUGCAGAGUCUCUGCCUGAUUUGGGGUGAGCGCUAUGUUUCCACCUGGUCCACAUUAGCUCCCCAAGCCAUGCAGAGGUGUUCUAAGUGCCCUCUGCUGGCCAAGUGGAGAUAAUUAACAAACACACCAUGACAAGUUUGGCUGGAAAUAGUUGAUAGCAAAAGGCCCCCAUAGAAGAAUCCUUUCAAUUUCAAAUGAUAUUAAACAACUCGUCGUAGGUUUGGCCAAAUCAGAAGACAUCCUUCCUGCUUCAAGUCAGCUUCAGAAAUUUUUUAAAAGGGACUUUUGCUCUGGAACUCAGAAAAUCAAUUUAUUAAGAGCCAUAUUCUUUUUUUAAGAAAAGAGCUAGAUAAUAUUAUCUGUAAUAUUUCAGUCCUCUACAAGCCAAAUAAAUGUGUCAGCGUUCCUAGGAUUUCAAAGAAGCAAUUAUGUAAAGUUGUUCGAUGUGAUAUAAUAGUAUUUUAAUUGGUUCAGUAGCUUAAUGAUUAGGCAAACUAGAUGAAAAGGUUAGGGGCUACUACACUGCAUAGAUUAUACACACAUAACCACACAUAUAUGCACACAAAUGUGGGGUACACUGAACUUCAAAGCCCAAAUGAGUAGUAACACAUUUUCUGGCUAGCAGAAACUGUUGUUUAUCUUUCUUGCUUUAUUUGAGAGUGUACAGUAAAAGGGAUUUUUCAAAUUAUUUUUAUAUUAUUUUAGCUUUAAUUGUGCUGUCAUUCAUGAAACAGAGCUGCUCUGCUUUUCUGUCAGAGAUGGCAAGGGCUUUUUCAGCAUCUUGUUUAUGUGUGGAAUUUUAAAAGAAUAAAGUUUUAUUCCAUUCUGUGUGAAUGGCUUGAACAAUGAA